AAAUUCCACCAAUUCCUCUACGACAUCGUUACAUCCACAAAUAGAUUUGAUGCGUUCUACUACACAGAUUCCACAUCUUUCUAUAUCUCAAAUUGAAGAGUCACAAGCUCAAAUUACGAUAACUCUCAAGUUUUCACCGUCAAAAUAUUUGUUUAAGUUCUCAAAACCAAAACCAACCGCAUUAGUAGGAAAUUUUAUCAAUAUCCGAACCACCGCAAAUUCCCUCUGUCAUGAUUUUUCGACUAUAAUGAAACGAUUUGUAUAUCCAAGUAGUUUGGAAAAUACUUUUGCUUUUCACAUGGGUGAGGCGGAGGUAUUUAAAAAAAAUGAUCCGAUAAAACGAGAUCAGAAUAUUCAACGUGUUCGUAAACUAUCAUUAGAGGAAAAAAUCUUUGAGGAAUUAUUUGGUGGUCUGAGGUAUAGAAUACAAAAGGAGUUUGAACGGAUGCAAAUGAACAAAAAUUCAUGGUGCAUCGAAUCUAUUAAUGAAGAUUUUUCAAUAUCUCCAACUUAUCCCCAAGAUUUCAUUUUACCAACACAAGUUCUUAAAGAAACGUUAGCGAAUUUAAAUUCAUCUAGUACUUGUUCCAAUCUAUCUAAUACUUCACUUGAAUCACAGCCUACGGCUGGUUCGCAAACUACAUCUGAAUCACAAUCUGGUUCUUCUUUCUUCGAAAAUCUUGCUAAGUUUCGGUCUCGUGGACGCUUUCCUGUUAUUUGUUGGAAAAAAGGUCAUAAUGUAUUGAUGAGAAGUGGUCAACCAAUGGUUGGAUUUUUAGGAUCAAGAGGAUUUGAAGAUGAGACACUAAUGCGUGAA